AUGGUUUAUCUAAUUUGUGUUGGAGCAAUUGAUGGUACUCAUGUAAGUGCAAUUGCACCAACUCUAAAACAACUUGCAUUUAGAGGAAGAAAAGUAGAUGUAUCACAAAAUGUAAUGGAUGCAUGCUCCUUUAAUAUGAUGUUUACUUAUGUCUACGCUGGAUGGGAAGGAACAGCCAAUGAUUCCCGAGUGCUUCUUGAUGCAAUGAGAAAAGAUGAUAACUUCCCUAUGCCACCACAAGGAAAAUACUAUGUUGUCGAUUCUGGCUAUCCAAAUAUGCCUGGGUUUCUAGCACCAUAUUGUGGUGAACGUUAUCAUUUGAGUCGUUUUAGAGGAAGAGGGAACCAUCCUAGAGGUGCGAUGGAGUUAUUUAAUUAUAGACAAUCAUCAUUGCGUAAUGUGAUUGAAUGCUGUUUUAGACUUCUAAAAGCCAGGUUUCCAAUUUUGAAGUCAAUGCCACCAUACUUGCUUGGAAAGCAACGUCGAAUACCAAUAGCAUGUUGUGCUAUCCACAACUGGAUUAGAAUGCAUUCUAUUAAUGAUGAAAUGUUUGAACAAGAUUAA